CACACAUACGUACAAAUACUCUUGUGUGACAAUAUCGAUCGAUACAACGAAUACAAUACAAUACAUUACAUACCUCCAAUGGUGACGACGGGAGCGCCUUGUUUUUGAGCCACGGCCACGACGGAACAAGCGGCACCGAAAGCGGUUCGUUCGGCAUCGGUUAAAAAGGAGAGUGCUUCUCCCUUUUGACGAAGUGUUUUGGCGGCAUCGACAGCCUUGGCAGCUGCCUCCAAGACAGGUGUCACAACCAGUAUGGCUCCCGCCACGGCUCCUCCGGCCAUUGGCGCGAUGCCAUACGACGAUCCUCCACCAAAACUGUAGGGAAAGGCGCCAGUCUUGGUUGGUGUCGUCUUGUCGGGCAUGUCCACCAUGGACUUGACAAUAUGAGGCGGGGAAAAGAAAUGUGAUUCAUCUCCGGAAAUGACCCGAGAUGUUUGAUCCCAGAAUUUGUUUCGAAAGGCUUGAUAUUGUUCGGGUGUGAAUAGGGCAUCGAGAGCCGCCUUGUCAAUCGGAGGUGCUCCCGGUUGGAAUUGGCUUAGGUAGGCUUCCAUAUUUUCUGGAAAGAAUUCUCGAUCCUUGUCCAUGCCGUUGAAUUUGAGUUUUUCGGCACCGACAGCAGCGGGUAAAUUUUCCGGAAAGGUCUGACAGUAGUCCAUCAAGUUGGCCUUGAAUUCUUCGAGCAUUUCCGCACUACUUGCGGAAGAGGACUCUUCGGUUCCCGUGGCAAUGGCCUGGACCAAAUCGGCAAAAUUCUUUUUGGACAGGGCAUACACUUCAGGCACAGCGGUUCCAGGUGCGUCAAUGAGUCCCUUGACGGAUUCCAUGAGGAGCGUGUUGCCGGCAUGAUCACCACUGACGACUGCUACCACGGCGUGGCCUUGCGCCGACGCCAAUUGAGUGGCGGCCAUGCCCGAUGCUUGACUGGCGCCGUACACCAACACGGUGCCCUUACUACUUCCACUAGCAAUAGCUCGAACACCGGCAGCUCCUUGUGCGGCAAAUCGCAACAACGCCAAGUACUCCAAGGGAAUUGCAUCAGCGGCGUUACCCAAAUCCCCAUACGUGCCAUGCACCACACUGCCCGACGCAUUGACCGCCACAGAGUCUUGCGUGGACAAGGUUUGUGCUACCGUGUCAAUGGCAUGUGCUGACGAAACCGGUUGGCGACUCGCCUGGAAUUGAUUCCACUUUUCGGAGUUGUAAGCAAUGGGACCUUCGUCCUCCGUCUCGAUGCCACCCACAUAUGGCAAGUUUGGCAAAAUACUCUGAGAGACAGGAGACACCGCUGGCAACUUUUUGAGUGUCGCCAAGCCACGACGACUCGCUGUGGAGAGCAGUUUGCUACGUCCUCCGGAAAACAUCAUCUUCAAUUGCUAUAGCUAGAGUUGGCUGAUAAAAGACAGAGUGCCGAUGUUGAUGGAUCAACAGCAUGAGGGCCUUUGGUAGUAUUAGCGGUAGCCCAGUACGGACGCACACACCCCAACCUGUUACACCCGUGUGCAGGAAGGGCACCCGUCAAAUCACAGCUUAGCCGGAUAAACUCGUCCACAUCAGCUUCGCCGGAUAAACUCUUGUCGGCGCCAACGGACAAGUGCAAGACGGAGACACAAUAUGGGCUCUCGAACGAUCACAAGUUGGAUUGAUUACAGCAAAGAUCGCUGUUGGCUUGGCUUGAAGGUGUCGUCCAUUGUACGACCUUUCAAUCAAGUGUUGUCUUGUGUUGUGGGUGAGGAGCUUUUUGCUAGCUACCGGAGCUAGUCUGUUCUCUUUGUUUGGAAUCUGGCGUUGGUUGAGAGUCGAAGUGGAGAAUAGCGAGCCGCUGAGCAGAAAGGACGAUAAUAUUGUGGAUUUGGAUUUGUUUCUGCUGUGCUGCGAUCGUUGGGAGCUUCUUUCUGGAUCCUCAAGACGCAAGGCAAGACGGUUGGGUGAUUUGCAUUGCCUGAAGGAGCACUUUUGCUUUGUUUGAAUGGCUGGGAACACAAUUACUUUGUGUAAAUUGAAUGUUGUAUUAUUAGACAGCACAGUCAUUGAAACUGUCGGCCUCUUUUUCUCUGUUGCAAGCUCGGAUACGGCAUCUUUUUUGUGACCCCAAGAAGACUCGAUCAUGUCGUCGACCAUCCUGUACAAGUUCCGGUCGGGGACGACCUUUGAAGCCUUGCCGCUGCCUGGAUCAGCGGCGCGGCUAUUUGAUGUCAAGAAGGCCAUUGUGACUGCCAAGAAAUUGGAUGCUGGGACAAUGGACUUUGACCUUUCUGUGCGUAACGCGGCGACAAAUGAAGAGUACACGGAUGAAUCCAUGUUGCUGCCCCGAGGGACUCGUCUCGUGGUUCAGAGAUUGCCCGCUGCUAAAGGACAAGGAUUCUUGGCUCGCAUGGCUCGCAAUCAAUACGGAAUGCCUCCCAGUGCUCCAAGUGCGCCUGGAAGUGGUGGGGCUCCCAGUGGAUUUUACGAAAUUGAUUCGCGAGCCAGAGAUGACGACGAGGAAUUUGUUUCGAGUGAAGAUCAAGAAUUGGCGUUGCUCAACGCGGCCAGAGACACGGCCUCGGCGAAUCCAGCUCCCGGUGGGUUGAGACCCGCCACCACUGGCAAUUUUGGGCGAACAGCAGGUCAAGGACCUCCACAGCAUCACCAUCAGCACCAAGGCGGCCAGCAACGUCAAAUGAAACAGAGACAAAAUGCAGACCCAGAGAUCCGGGAACAGGAGAAGAAAUUGGUGGGACGAAAGAGGGCCACGGGAAUUCCCAGGACCUUUCUGAAUCUGAGCGCCCCGCCCACGACGGAAGCCAAGGAGGGCGAAGGAGAAGAGAACAAUGCCCCUCUCCUUCAGCCAAACACUCUUGGUUUUGAAGAAUUGAAGCAACGAGCUGGAGGUCAAUCAGAGAACGCUUCUGGCACCAAAAGGGAUUUAGACUACGCGCUAAAAAUCACUGCUACUACAGUUCCUGAUUAUUUGCAAUGUGCCCUCUGUCACAGCGUGGCUUUGACCGCCAUGUUUUUAACGUGGGACCCUGAAGGACGUACGACCUGCGAAAAAUGCAUCAGAGAUGCGCUGGCUCAAAAUGGAUUUCGUGACCCGCUCACUGGGAUGGAAGGCAUUAGUCCCGAUGACUUGAGACCAAACCCCGGUAUCCGCAAAGCUGCCGAGGCAUUCGUCAAGGAAGUUAUGGACAAGAUUGAAGAAAUCGAAAAGCAGCAGGUCGACGAAGACCCUGUUGACAAUGGUGUCGAUGGUUCAAAGUCCGCAAAUCUCCUGGGAGGCGAUAGUGCUGGUGACAAAGGAGUAAUUAUAACCAAACGAAAUUCUAUCACCAAGCGUAAGAAUAAGGAUGAUGACGAUCCUUUUGGUGGAGAGGACGACUUCGGAGGCGACGUCUUUGCAGUUACGGCAGACGACAAGCCCGAGGAAGAUGACGGCUUGGGCGGAGCCAACGAGGCACCGAAAGAGAACAGCGCCAAGGAGGACGAAAAGAAUCAAGACGCUGGGACACCGUCCAAGGAUAGAGCAGGCAGUGCGGAGGACGCCGGAAAAUCCAAUGAUGAUGCUAGUAAGGCUAGCCCACAUCCUAAGGAUGCUGGUUUAGAUAAGCAAAGUUUGGAAUCCAAAUCCUCGUUUGAUAAUAACAAGGACAAACUGUCAUCGCCAGCUCCAUCGAAUAACCAGCGCAACGACAACGACAACAAUCGACGUGAUGCUACCGCCAGUGCUACUAAGCGUCGGGGUCCCCCGGCUGGAUACCAAAUGGGCCCGGCGGGAGGAGCGACAAACCCAACUGCUCAAGGAGGUCCCCGCUACGAAAGAUCAGGAUCCGUCGAUGACAACAAUCCGAAAGGCCAUGGCGGCAACUCACCAUAUCCACCGGGAAGAGGUGGACGCUAUCAGGAGCGUGGCUCGUAUCGUGGUGGACGCGGCGGGAGAGGUGGCAGAGGGCGCCGAUAUGGGCGAGGUGGAGGAGAUUGGGAAGAUCGAAAAGAUGGUUUCCGCUCUCAGUCCCCAGCUCGAUCAGAUCGCGCCGAUGAUUACUCGAACGCCGGCGACGAUGAUAGAUCCUCGAAGCGUCCCCGCCGUGACUCUGACGACUACGACAAGAACAGCCGAGGAGGCGGCCAUCGACACGACUCUUGGGACGACCGGAAGACUGGUGCAGGAAGCGACUACGGAGACCGUGACUACCGACCUCAUCAUGGCGCUCAGGACCCAGGCUAUUACGGAGGUGGACGAGGUGGCGGAGGAGGAUAUCAUGGCGGCGGCGGCUUCAACGAUCGAGGAGGCGGGCGAGGCUGGGAUCGCGGUGGUGGAAGAGGCUGGGACCGAGGCGGCGGCGGUGGACGAGGCUGGGACCGUGGAGGAGGAAGAGACUUUCGCGGUGGUGGUCGCGGUGGCCGAUUUGAUCGUGGUGGUCCUCCUCGAGGAGGUGGCUAUCGAGGGCGAGGCGGGAGAGGCCGCUUUGGAGGUCGAGGACGCUACUAGACAAGCGCAUAACGAAAAUCAAUCUAGCUAGAACAGACAUUGUCAAUUCGAUGCCGUGGACCAGGCUGUUUGACCAUCAUAUUCUGAGAUGGCAAGAUGGAAAAACCCUCCCAAAAAAGUUUGACAACGGAGCCGAGGCAAUGCAUGCUGAUGUAUCUCCAACCAAACACGAGUAGCUACAUGCAAAGCAAACUGUAUACACGAAUACCAUAAAAAAAGAACACCCUUCUGCAUUGAACAGGAAAGAUAAGAAUAACUAAUUGAUUCAUCAUCAUCAUCUUGAUGUCUUUAGCACGGC